AUGAGUAAAGCGCUUUCUAGACCUCAGUUAAAAUCUCUGGUGGAUAAAAUCACAAAGCUGUACCCUUCAGGCUAUGCGGACUCAAGUUGGGACAACACCGGCCUCUUAAUUGAUUGUUCCGAGAACCACAGUAGCGUUCAGGACCCUAAGGUUUUGCUUACCAUAGACCUGACAGCUGCUGUAGCUCAGGAGGCUCUACGUCACGAAUGUAGCUUGGUUUUGGCAUAUCAUCCAUUCAUUUUCCCUAGCUGGAAAAGAUUGAGUCCUACUCAAAACCCUCAACACCGAUCCGCCAUUAAGCUGAUCCAGAAUGGGGUCAGCGUGUACUGUCCGCACACAGCGGUAGAUGCUGCCAAAAAUGGUGUCAACGAUUGGCUAGUCAGUUCCCUUGUUGACGAUUUGUCAUUGAUUGAGUCCAGCGUCAGCAUAGAAAAAGUGGCACCUUUACACAAUGAGCUCGACCACGAGGUUGGCUAUGGUCGAGUGGUCAAACUUACCAAACCCGUCUCCCUGAGUUCCAUCCUUUCUUCAUUAAAAACGGCAUUGGGCGUAAAAAACCUACAGAUGGCUCUCAAUGGCGACGCCAAACAGUAUCAAGUACAGUCGGUAGCUCUCUGUGCAGGGAGCGGGUCAGGCGUGUUCAAGAGUCUGAAGCAAGAUGUGGAUCUGUAUCUGACCGGCGAAAUGUCACACCACGAAAUUUUGAGACUUAGAGAGAUGGGGAAAGCUGUCAUUGUCUGCAACCAUUCCAACACAGAGCGUGGGUUCUUAAAGUCGGUAAUGGUAAAGGAACUUACGAAGGCCGGCGUAAACUGUGUAAUGAGCUCCGAGGACUGUGACCCCUUGGAAUUCGUGUAA